AUGGCAAAGCAAGCACGGCGAGAUAUCUCUGCUCUGGUUGAGAAAGGCAAACUCGAAACCGCACGCAUCAAGACGGAAGGCAUCAUCUCGGAAGACAUCCACCUCGAGCUGCUCGAACUGAUGGAGCUCUACGCCGAGACGCUGCUCGCACGCUUUGCGCUACUCGAUCUGCCCACACGCGAAGCCGACAUCAGCAUCUUGCCAGCACUCUGCGCCAUCAUCCAUGCUGCACCACGUACGGAGCUCAAGGAGCUUCACGUGCUCCGAGAGAUGCUUAUGGCGAAGUUCGGCAGGGAGUUUGCGCAGGAUAUUAUGGAUAACAAGGACGGAUGCGUGCCAGAGCGCGUGAUGAACAAACUCCUGGUGGAGGCACCGGAUGCGAAGCUGGUCGACCUGUACAUCUUUGAGAUCUGCAAGGCGUACGAUGUGCCUUUCUCGUCCCCUCACUUGCCAGAGACCAAAGUCGAGGAGGACGAAGAGGCAGAGGAGCAAACCGAGGCGGAUGGAGAAAAGGCUGCUAACGACACAGAAGGGAAGCCCGAAGCGGGGCCGAAGUCAGAAAAGGGCACUGCUAAGACGAUUGCGGAAAAGGCAGACACGGCGAAAGCACAGGAUAAGCCCACACAGCAGGACUCGGCACCAGCACGCAAAAAGACAGACAAGGAAGAGUACGACUCACUAGAAGCACGCUUCGCCGCACUCAAACGGCGCUGA